CUAUUUCACAGUAAACCCUGAACUGAACCCUUUUCCUCAGUCAAUUCAAAAUCAAUUUCACCGGUGAUUCUCGGAUUAUGCGCUAGGUCGAUUUCGCCAUGGUUACUUCCAGAGAUGUUCAUGAGAUCGUCUCCAAGCUUUCGUCGGAUAAAGCCAAGACUCGCGAAGAUGGUGUCAAGUUACUGAAUACAUGGCUUGAAGGGGAAAGGUCAAUUACCUUUUGUAGAUUUCUUUCACAAAACACAGCUAAACUUAAGUUGGACGAGAUUCCAAAUGCUGAAACAUGGCCCUUUUUGGUUAAACUUCUCCUUCAAUGUGUCUCAAUGGAGGUGUCAGGUAGCAAGAGACGUCUCCCUAAACCAACUUUUGCAAAGACCCUUCGAGUUGUUAUUCAGAGAACAGAAGAAACUAGGUUUCCUGGUGUACAUUGUCCUUUGCUAUCUAUGGCCAAAGCCCUCUUUGCACAUGUGCAUGAUAUCUUGAGCAAUACACCAAGCUUUCAGUCCGAGUAUGGUACCAUACUCCGCCAUCUUUUGGAAAUUAGGGAUUAUCGUUUCCAAAUGAGGAAGCGUACAUAUUCCAGUUUGGUGCUGCUAUACAUGGAAAGGGCUGAAGCAGGGUUUUGCGAGAAAAGCAGUGGUCAACAUAGCCAGAAGGAGGAAGCUUUUCGCCAUAUUCUUACGCUUCAGUCACUUCUAGAGAACUCCUCUGGAGAUUUUCCUGAUGACCUUCGAGAAGAAAUUGUGAACGGCUUCAUUCAUAUCUUCUCUUCUGUAAGAGAUGAGGGAAAGCUUUCACGCAAGCUUAUUGAAUGUGUAAAUACCUUCUUGCUGAAGGAUGGUCCUAAUUUAGGCUCUUUGUUGGAUCUAGGUAGUUCAUCAAGUUCUGCAUCAUGGGGUGAUUCAACCAAGGAUGAUAAGUUGGGGGCAUUGAGCACCUAUCAGAGUAGCUUGGUUGAGCUUGCUGCACAUGUGUUCUACCAGGCAUGUGUCAAAACGUCUAGACCAUCAUUGUCAGAGAAACGAGCUCGGAGGCAACCUGUUGCGUUGCGUCUUGUCGAGGCACUAACUGAAGGAAAAUGGCUAUGGUGUGCUGCUUUUGGUUGUCUCGUUCGGACUUAUUGUACUCGCAUCAACAAGGAUCUCCUUAUUUACUGGUUUGAAGCCAUCUGCACGAACUUUCAGAGACUUCUGGAGGAUGCCAGUAUGAGACGUUCUUAUGAUGGUCUACUAUGGACUUUGAGGAGUUUGCAAGGGCUCUCUUCUGGUUUGUUACUCUCAGAUACUACUACGGACAUAUCAAAGUCCCCUGUUUCUUCAAGUGAGCUAGAUCGUGGUUGGCAAUUGAUCUGGAGUUCUUUAAUCCAUGGGCUAGCAACAUUCAGUAGCACAAGUGUAAUUGUUGAUGCCGUCUUGGUGCUCCUUGGAUCAAUUAUUUCAAGUCAGCACAUAAACGUUGGGAUUCUGCCUCAAGAAGUGUGGGAUCAUCAGUUAUUCAGGCACAUACCUUCUGAGCCGGCCUUGUACUUCAUUGCAUGUUACUUUUCACGUAUGGGUUGCCAGGGAAACUUGCAAGAUGAUUUACAUCUUCGACGCAAUCUUCUUAGAGCAGUUUGUGCCCCCCUAAGCUGGAAGGGUCGUUUGACACUAAAUGAGAGAAUGGUUCAGCUUCUACCAGCAGCUGCUUUUUCCUUAUGUGCUGGUUUCAAUACUUCACUUCCAGUACCUAAGGAACAUCUUCCAACACCAUCUGAAUGGGAUGUCUACGAACAGAUAGAUGAUGUUGAGCUAGAAAGAAGAUUUGGACUCUUUGAAUGCUCCGUGGAGGCUCUAGCAAGAGUUUGCUCAAAUUCUAGCAAGAUCUCUAGCUGCCAAGUUUCUGACGUUGUACAACUACCUCUGGUAUUAAGAGAUCCAUUGCUUCAUGACAUGGAUAUCUAUUUUCUUAGCAUUAUCCCGGAGAGCAAUGCCAAAGGACCACUGUCUGACAUCUUUAUGGGAUGUGCUCUGUUGUGCCAUUUUAUGCAUGGUUCUUAUAUCACAAGGAAGAGUAAUGGAAGCAGUUCGUUCUUUUUAAAAGCAUGCCAGUAUUUGUUAGAAGGCCUGGAUCAUGCUGUUGAAACAAUAUUAAAGAGCCUUAAUGAUCUUCAAAGUCUCGGUCCCUUGGGGUUUGGCUCAGAUUUUAAUGAGAAAGCUUCUAUAAUAGUUUCGUUGAGGUCCCUUACUAAGUCUCCCGUCUUCAGCAACAGAAGAGACCAUAAUCUUCUUGGCGCUAGUUAUGAUGCUGUAAUUCACUCCUUAGAGAGCCUUUUGCGGGCUUUUGCUAAAGUCUAUGGAGAAUACACUGAGCACGCAUGGAAUACAGAAUCCAACACUAUACCUACAAAGUCGUUACCACUUGAUUCCCCAGAAGUUGGCAGGAUAGUGGAUAUGGAAUUAGAUCUAGCUGAAGACACUAAAGAUAUGGAUAUUAUAACUGCCGGUGGGAAAGCUGUACCCGGGCUGUCUGUUUCCACGGGGAACUGGAAGUUGGGCAUGAUAUCACUUAUCUCAUGUUUUUCUCCAGUACUUCAGUUUCCGACAUGGGAAGUUCUAUAUAAUCUCUUGGAGAAGGAAUGUGAUCCUAAGGUGCUGGAAAAUAUACUGUAUCAUCUAUGCCAGCUUUCAUGCUUGACGUCUAUGCCGAAUGUUAAUGAAUUGGUUAAUUUCUUGGAUGGCAUGCUUAGCACACAAGUAAAGAUCAAGCGUAACUGUCUUAACAUAGUCACUGCUCUGCAUGUUUUACUUCGCACUUUAUCAUCCUCGGGGAUGGAUUCUUCUGGACUCAGAAAAAACUGUGAUUUGUCUUCAAAAGAUGGAGAAAGUUCUCAGGUCUUUGCCCAACUUGGCGCAAUGGUGAAUAAAGUUUCUGAAUUUGGUCUCUUGGGAUGGUUUGGGCGUGUCAAGCUGAUCAACUGUAUAUGUGAUCUUGUUUUGCUUAAUCCUCAGACUGGUCAGACAAUGAUUGAGCGACUUCUAUUAAUGCUAAAAGACUCUGAUUAUCGAGUGAGGUUUGUCCUGGCAAGACAAAUUGGCAUUUUAUUCCAGACGUGGGAUGGCCAUGAGGCACUGUUCCAAGAUAUUUGCUCCAGCUUCGGAAUUAUACUGGUAACCUCCUCAAAGGAAAAACUAGUCACUGCAAGGGAUGUUUUGGCUGCUGGUCCCCAGCCUCGCCCGAAAAUGGAGACUGUCAUCAUUACUCUUAUGCACCUUGCUUAUCACAGUGAGAACAUAGAGUUGCAAGCUGUUUUUAUGAUAUGCGCUGUUUCAGCUAUAGAACCUUGUCAGAGGGAAUUAAUCAUUGCUGCACUUGACAACCUAUCAGCACAACUCCAUUACCCAUCUAGGUUCAAGUACCUGGAGGAACUCUUGGGCCCGAUCCUCUUUUUCUGGAUUGCAUGUGGUGUCAGUUUAGCUGGUCUUGUUGAGACAAGUCAGCUGUUCAUUCCAAACACUGAACCAAAAUAUUUCAUCCACUUUUGUUCCCACUGGCUACUUCCAGCUCUUCUGGUGCAUGAAGAUCAUACUAACCUUGAUUGGGUAUCUAAGAUUGCUGGCCAACCGGUGGCUGUGUUAGUCAAGGAAAAUUUUGUGCCAAUAUUUGCAAUAUGUAUGGGAUUGCACUGUAGUAAAACGUCAGAAUGUGAUAAAGGUGCAAUGAUGCUUCAGAAUUCAAUAUUGUAUGUUGGUGAGAUCAGCGAGAAUGAGAGGGACAAGCUAAUUAAGCAGAAUAUGGUGUCUAUUGUUAGUUUUAUUUUAUCAUGCACUUCCUCUUCACCAGAACCUUCAGUUCCUGCUUUUUCUCGUGACACGAUUUCACUUGCAGUUCAAACAGUUGUGGAUGGUUUUAUGGAAAUUGCUGAUUAUCCUAAGAAUGCGGCCAUAACUGACAGGAUAAACAUUUUUCGCCCGGAUAGAGUGUUCAUGUUCAUAAAAGAAAUGCACUAUAGAAUGUCAGCUGCAUGCCAUCAUCGGCAUACGCGUCAUCAUUUGGCCGCACUUGAGGAGCUUACAAUUCUUCUUGGUCAUAGAGCUUCAGUUCCAAGUUCCAUAAAUUACAUAUUAAAUCUCGUUGGACAAUUUAUUGGAUAUCCCUCAUUACAAGACCAGUGUUGUAGCAUAGCCUCCUGUUUGCUGGAUUCGUUCAAAAGCAAUCCGGCCAAAGAAAUUGUUAGUGUACUAGGUGACCAACUCCAGUUUUUGGUCUCGAAGCUGGUUACAUGUUGCAUCGAUGCUGAAGCAGAUACCAAGGUUUCUGGUUCUAAGUCGUCUCAGCUCGUAAAGUUGCUACACAAGCUAGUUGUUAAUUCAGAUUCGGCUCUUGAUGAAGAUAUCAGGGAUUUGGAAGCAUUCCCUGAUAUGAAAAUUUUCCAAGUCAUUAGUAAAUCACACAUCAAAAUAUGCGAAGCAUAUUCUCCGAGGAGUCAUCUAUUGAAGUGUGCUAGAAGAUCUUGUUAUCUGCCACCGAGAUUCCUUUCCAAGAGCCUCCAAGCACUGCAUAACAAGCUCAUAGCCUCUGGAGUUUCUCAAGAAGAGACAAAUGUAGAAACUGCAGAAACAUUUUGGCAGUCUGAUGAUGAAAUUGUAAAUGCUGUUUGGACUCUUGUCCGUGUAUCCGCCUCUGAUGAAGCAGAUAAUAUGAGACUUUUGGUGUCUGAUUUUCUUUCCAGGGUUGGUAUUAGGAACCCGCACACUGUUGUUUUCCGUCUUCCUGGGGAGCUGGGCUCCAUGCAUGAUCGUCAAUUUGUUUGCCAGAAUACUGGAUCAAAAUUCAGAUCUUUUACUGAGAACGGCAUAUCCGAUGAAAUUCUUAUCACACUGCUGAAAGUUUUGAAGAAGUAUCUUUUAGAUGACUCUGUAAAGAUUAUUGAUGUAACAUCUCAAACUCUUCGGGGAAUUCUUUCAACCGAAAGGGGGCAGCAAGCAUUAUCAUCUUUCGAUUCAUGUGAGAGAUCUUCCAUUGAGGUGCAUGGCAGGAGCGUGAACCUUGACAUUGUGGAAAAGAUCUUAUUGGAUGGCGAAAAGCAGUUCAAAGCUGAGAACUUUUCUCUGGAGAAGUCCGAAGUGUGGUCCACAGAUAAUAAAAACUUUGAUAGAUGGAUUUGUCAGCUCGUGUACUGUAUGAUCGCUUUAUGUGAGGAUGCCCCGAUAAGGUUAUGCCAGAACAUAGCAAUGCUGAAAGCUGAAAUCUCGGAGCUUCUAUUCCCUAGUGUUAUUGUUAGUCUUGCAGGAAGGAUUGGGACGGAUAUCAAUUUACACAAAUUAAUUUCGUCACAGGUGAAAGAGUAUAUCUUCAUUGAUUCAAACAAGCUAACAAAGUCGAAGCAAAUUAUGUUAAAUACCCUGAAUGAACUGCGGAUGUGUUAUGUCCUCGAAAGAUCGAUUUUUUCUGGACAAACUAAGAAAGAAAAGAAUGCUUAUGGAAUGGCAGCGUCCAUAACUACAAAUUGGGAAAAGGUUUAUUGGCUUUCCAUUGAUUAUCUUGUUGUUGCCAGAUCAGCAGUAGUAUGCGGUGCAUACUUGACCGCCUCCAUGUAUGUUGAGUAUUGGUGUGAGGAGAGAUUUGGCAAUCUAACUCUCGGAGAUCCUGAUUUUUCUUAUCAUGAUAUGUUGCCGGAUCAUGUUGAGAUACUUGUGUCUGCAAUAACAAGAAUAAACGAGCCUGACAGCUUGUAUGGGGUUAUACAUUCAAAUAAGUUGUCUGCUCAAAUAAUCACAUUUGAGCAUGAGGGAAACUGGACAAGGGCACUCGAGUAUUAUGACUUGCAAGCACGUUCACAGAAAACAGUCGUGCCAGGUAGCUUUUCUGAAAAUCUAGAGGUGGAACAAUCUCAGCCAACAACUAGUGCACGGCAUUCUGUUUUUGGUGAAGGGGAGGUCCAGAGACAACCAUUCAAAGGACUCAUAAGGUCGUUGCAGCAGACAGGCUGUAUGCAUGUCCUGGAUCUGUAUUGCCGGGGCUUGACUUCCCGAGAAGGUUGCUUUCAGUAUGAUCCAGAGUUCAUCGAAUUGCAGUAUGAGGCUGCAUGGCGUGCUGGCAAAUGGGAUUUUUCUUUACUUUAUCCGAAAACGCACUGCCAACCUCUGCAACAUGUCAAGAACAAUAAUUAUCAUGAAAAUCUACACUGUUGUUUGAGAGCAUUGCAAGAAGGGGAUUACGAAGGGUUUUAUGGAAAACUGAAGGAUACGAAGAAGGAGCUUGUGUUGUCCAUUUCCCGUGCAAGCGAAGAAAGCACUGAAUUUAUAUACUCUACAGUAGUGAAACUUCAGAUUCUUCAUCAUCUAGGACUAGUUUGGGAUCUUCGCUGGACGACAUCUUCACAUCAAAGUGUGCAUGGCUAUCCAGUCAAACAAAUAGCAUGCACAGACCCCGUGACUCCAACAAUGAAUCAGUUGUCUUGGCUGAAUAAGGAUUGGAGCUCUAUUAUUACGCAAACUCAGUUGCACAUGAAUUUGUUGGAGCCAUUUAUCGCAUUUAGGCGAGUUCUCCUCCAAAUCUUGGGAUGUGAGGAAUGUACCAUGCAACAUCUUUUGCAGUCUGCUUCAUUACUUCGCAAGGGAACAAGGUAUUCUCAUGCAGCUGCGUCUCUUCAUGAGUUCAAGUUUCUUUGUGCAAGAAGUGAUGGACAACAACCCGUUCCAGAUUGGCUUGGAAAGCUUGAAGAGGCGAAGCUAUUACAUGCCCAAGGCCGGCAUGAAGUUUCCAUUAGUCUUGCAAGCUACAUUUUACAUAAUUAUCAAUUAAAAGAAGAAGCUUCAGAUAUAUAUCGCGUGAUUGGAAAGUGGCUGGCAGAAACCAGAUCGAGCAAUUCUAGAACAAUUUUAGAGAAGUAUCUGAGGCCUGCAGUUUCGCUUGCUGAAGGACAGAGUUCCAAGAUCUGCAAAAGGCUGGUAGAUAGACAGAGCCAAACUUGGUUUCAUCUGGCUCAUUAUGCAGAUGCUCUAUUUAAGAGUUAUGAGGAAAGACUCUCCUCCAGUGAAUGGCAAGCUGCAUUGCGACUACGAAAACACAAGACAAAGGAGUUGGAGGUGCUUAUUAAACGCUUCAAGAGUUCAAAGAAGGCGGAGCAAUCUGAUUAUUCACUGAAGAUCCAAGAUCUACAGAAGCAACUAACAAUGGAUAAAGAAGAAGCAGAAAAACUACAGGUUGACAGGGAUAACUUUCUGAAACUUGCAUUGGAGGGGUAUAAACGUUGUCUAGAAAUUGGUGACAAGUAUGAUGUUCGAGUGGUGUUUCGACUAGUAUCCAUGUGGUUCAAUCUUGCUUCCCAGAAAAAUGUUAUUGAUAACAUGUUGAGCACCAUUAGAGAGGUUCAGUCUUACAAAUUUGUACCACUUGUUUAUCAAAUUGCUUCAAGGUUGGGCAGUUCCAGAGAUGAAUCAGGAUCUAACAGCUUUCAGUCUGCUCUGGUGUCACUUAUCAGAAAAAUGGCCAUUGAUCAUCCAUACCAUACAAUCUUUCAGCUACUGGCAUUGGCAAACGGUGACCGUAUUAAAGAUAACCAACGUAGUAGAAAUUCUUUCGUGGUUGAUACGGAUAAAAAGCUUGCAGCAGAGCAUCUCUUGCAGGAUGUAUCACAUAAUCAUGGGACUAUGAUUAUACAAAUGAAACAGCUCGUAGAUAUCUACAUCAAGCUUGCAGAGCUUGAAACAAGGAGAGAGGAUACCAAUAGAAGGGUAACACUGCCAAGAGAAAUUCGUAGUGUUAAACAAUUGGAACUUGUACCUGUAGUGACUGCUACAAUUCCUGUUGAUCGUAGUUGCCAAUACAAUGAAGGGACAUUCCCAUUUUUCAGAGGUUUAUCAGAUUCUGUUACAGUGAUGAAUGGUAUAAAUGCUCCAAAAGUAGUUGAAUGCUUUGGAUCUGAUGGCCAAAAAUAUAAGCAACUUGCGAAAUCUGGCAAUGAUGACCUCAGACAAGAUGCUGUUAUGGAACAGUUUUUUGGCCUCGUAAAUACCUUUCUACACAAUAACCGGGACACAUGGAAGAGAAGAUUAGCUGUGCGCACAUACAAGGUUAUUCCUUUUACUCCUAGCGCUGGUGUUCUUGAGUGGGUCGAUGGCACAAUUCCACUUGGAGAUUAUCUUAUAGGAAGCUCAAGGAGUGAAGGCGCUCAUGGUCGUUAUGGCGUUGGAAACUGGAAAUAUGCUAAAUGCCGAGAACAUAUGUCGAGUGCGAAGGACAAACGCAAAGCCUUUGUGGAUGUCUGCACAAACUUCAGGCCUGUCAUGCAUUACUUUUUCCUGGAAAAGUUCCUGCAGCCUGCUGACUGGUUUGUGAAGAGGCUUGCGUAUACACGUAGUGUUGCAGCUAGUUCAAUGGUUGGGUACAUCGUUGGUCUUGGAGACCGUCAUGCCAUGAAUAUUUUAAUCGAUCAAGCCACAGCAGAAGUUGUCCACAUAGAUCUUGGAGUUGCCUUUGAACAAGGAUUAAUGCUCAAGACUCCUGAAAGGGUUCCGUUCAGACUGACAAGAGACAUAAUUGAUGGAAUGGGCAUCACAGGAGUGGAAGGCGUUUUCAGGAGAUGUUGCGAAGAAACCCUGUCUGUGAUGCGAACAAAUAAAGAGGCGCUGCUUACAAUUGUCGAAGUGUUUAUACAUGAUCCUCUGUACAAAUGGGCCUUGUCCCCCUUAAAGGCUUUGCAAAGACAGAAGGAAACUGAGAAUUAUAAUGGCCUGAACUUGGAAGGGUUACAAGAGGAAUUCGAGGGGAACAAGGAUGCUACGCGUGCCUUGAUGCGUGUCAAGCAAAAACUUGAUGGCUAUGAUGGCGGUGAGAUGAGAAGCAUACAUGGCCAGGCACAGCAACUAAUACAAGAUGCAAUUGACACAGAUCGUUUGUCACAUAUGUUCCCUGGCUGGGGAGCUUGGAUGUAAACCCCCCUUCUACAUGUUCCAAUUUUUUGUCUGAAUAGAGAAAUCUUUAUGUAAAGGUGAAAAUUCUCGCUACCAAAUUUUGUCUAACUUAUUAGGGGAGAGAGCAUGCUUGUAGUACAGUACAAGAUGUAAACAUGCUUAUAAUAUAUUACUUCUUUUACUCUA